UGAAGGGAGCUUGAUAAGCCUGAUAUGUGAGUCUAGUGGCAUCCCACCACCUAGCCUUACCUGGAAAAAGAAUGGCUCUCUACUGGUGGCUGAUCUUUCAGGAAGGGUGCGGUUAUUAUCUGGAGGCAGACAGUUACAAAUUUCAAUUGCUGAAAUGUCUGAUGCUGCAUCUUACACUUGCAUUGCUUCAAAUGUAGCUGGAAGUGCAAAGAAAGAAUACAGUUUGCAAGUAUACAUUCGACCAACUAUAUUGAAUAGUGGUAGUCACCCAUCCGAAGUUGUCAUCACCCAAGGAAAUGAAGUUUCCUUGGAGUGCAAGGUACAGGGCAUUCCAAAACCAUCAAUAACAUGGAUGAAGGAUGGCCGUCCACUGUUCCCCCAAGUAUUGCUGGUUACCUGCAGAUGUCUGAAAACAUCAGCAUUGUGGAGAAGAAUCCCACCUCUCUGGUUUGUGAAGCUUCAGGAAUUCCCUUGCCAACAAUAACAUGGCUCAAGAAUGGAUGGCCUGUCACUUUGAACAACUCAGUGCGAAUCCUCUCAGGGGGCAGAACGCUCCGUUUGGCACACACGAGUGUAGCAGAUGAAGGCCAAUAUACUUGUGUAGUGACCAAUGCUGCAGGGGAAGUGAGGAAGGAUUUUUCCCUUUCUGUUCUUGUGCCUCCAGGGAUUGUGGGUGAAAAUAAAUUGGAAGACGUGAAAGUAAAAGAGAAGCACAGAGUUACCCUAACAUGUGAAGUGAUAGGGAACCCUGUACCACAGAUCACCUGGACAAAGGAUGGGCAAUCUCUUACUGAGGAUGAGAAUCACAAUUUUCUGUUCAGUGGCCGUUUCCUGCAAAUCACCAAUGCUCAAAUCACUGAUACGGCAAGAUACACAUGUAUUGCAUCCAAUACAGCUGGAGAGAAGAGCAAAAGUUACAGUCUUAAUGUACUUGUGUCUCCAACUAUUGUGGGUGCAGACAGCCAUGGAAAUGCAGAAGAUGUCACUGUUAUCCUCAACAGCCCAACAUCACUGGUUUGUGAAGCUUACUCUUACCCUCCAGCAAUGAUCACCUGGCUGAAAGAUGGUAAUACUUUAGAAUCAAACAGAAAUAUCCGCAUUUUGCCAGGUGGUCGAACCCUACAGAUUUUAAAUGCACAGGAGGACAAUGCUGGAAGAUAUACCUGCAUAGCCACAAAUGAGGCUGGAGAAACUCUGAAACACUAUGAAGUGAAAGUCUACAUUCCGCCAACCAUUAACAAAGGGGAUAUCUCAGGGAUGGGUGUCUCCCCUAAAGAAGUGAAGAUCAAAAUAAACCACAGCCUUACCCUGGAGUGUGAAGUUCAUGCCAUUCCUGCGGCUGCCAUCAGCUGGUACAAGGAUGGACAGCCACUUAAACCAGAUGAUCAUGUCAUUAUCCAAGCUAGUGGCCAUACUCUGCAGAUUAAGGAGGCUCAACUGUCAGACACCGGUCGUUACACUUGUCUGGCAUCCAACAUUGCUGGAGAGGAUGAAGUGGAAUUUGAUGUAAAUAUACAAGUUCCUCCUAGUUUCCAAAAGCAUUAUAAGGAAUGGGAAGCUGGUAACACGGUAGAUACAGGAAGAAGUGGAGAAAGUAAAGAUGUGAUUGUUAACAACCCCCUUUCACUGUACUGUGAGACCAAUGCUGUUCCUCCUCCAGUUCUUACAUGGUAUAAAGAUGGCUAUCCUCUGAGCUCUAGUGAUAAAAUACUAAUCUUACCAGGAGGCCGAGUGUUGCAGAUUCCACGGGCACAGGCUGAAGAUGCUGGGAAAUAUAUGUGUGUGGCGGUAAACGAAGCUGGGGAGGAUUCCAUUCAUUAUGAUGUUCAUGUGCUCUUACCACCAUCCGUCAAUGGAGCUAAUGGUGAUCUGCCUGAAGAAGUGACUGUGCUUGUGAACAAGAUUGCAGUGAUGGACUGUGUUGCAAAUGGCAACCCUUCUCCAAGUAUUACCUGGCAAAAGGAUGGCCACCUCCUAGCAGAGGACAACAAACACACAUUUUUGUCCAAUGGAAGGAGGUUGCAGGUAACUUUUAGUGAAAACCUCACUUUUAGCAUCGCGAACACUGUCCAUAAAGACAAAACUGUUUAG